CGGUGGGGUCCCAGGGGUCCGACAACGGGUGGGUCGGAACCAUGGGGGAGCCCUGGGCGGCUCGGGGUGCAGAAGGAGCUCCCGCGCGGUUGCCACUGGUGCUCACCUCGCUGUGGGCUGCAGCUGUGGUAUUGGAGCUGGCCUACGUGAUGGUGCUGGGGCCCGGGCCGCCCCCGCUGGGACCCCUGGCCCGGGCCUUGCAACUGGCGCUGGCUGCUUAUCAGCUUCUGAACCUGUUGGGCAACGUGGGACUCUUCCUGCGCUCCGAUCCCAGCAUUCGGGGAGUGAUGCUGGCUGGCCGCGGCCUGGGCCAGGGUUGGGCUUACUGUUACCAGUGCCAAAGCCAGGUGCCACCACGCAGUGGGCACUGCUCUGCCUGCCGCGUGUGCAUCCUACGUCGUGACCACCACUGCCGCCUACUGGGCCGCUGUGUGGGCUUCCAUAACUACCGGCCCUUCCUGUGCCUGCUGCUUCACGCGGCUGGGGUCCUGCUCCACGUCUCAGCGCUGUUAAGCCCUGCCCUGUCAGCUCUGCUGCGGGCCCACUCAGCCCUCUACACGGUGGCUCUCCUCCUGUUGCCCUGGCUCAUGCUACUCACAGGCAAAGUGUCUCUGGCCCAGUUCGCCUUAGCUUUUGUGGUGGACACAUGUGUGGCAGGUGCACUUCUGUGUGGUGCUGGACUGCUUUUCCAUGGGAUGCUCCUGCUGCGAGGCCAGACCACCUGGGAGUGGGCUCGGGGUCAGCACUCCUAUGACCUGGGCACCUGUCACAACCUGCAGGCAGCCCUGGGUCCGAGAUGGGCCCUCGUCUGGUUCUGGCCUUUCCUAGCUUCCCCUUUGCCUGGAGAUGGGAUCACUUUCCAGACACCAGCUGAUAUGGGUCUUGUGGCUUCCUGAGUCCAGGUAGAGCCAGAACUGAAUAGGGAGGAAGGGAGCAGAGGAGAGCACUGGGAACUUGCUUUCAACUUCAUGCCAGCCACAGGAGGGAGGCCACGUUGGCCUUUCAUGCCUCUAGUGGGCAGCUCUAGCUCCCUCCUUGGACCUGCCCAGUGUGGGCUCUUCCAUAUGGAGAGUUCAGACACUGCAACUCUGCCCCUUUUGGUGGUAGUGGUGGGGGCUUUGGCAAGGGGUCUACUUGGCUUGUUUGUCCGCCCCUCUACCAUGCCCAUCUGGUUCUUGGCCUCCCCCAUCUUUGCUGGGUUCCUAUCCCUCACGUUGUUUUGCUUGUUGUUUUCCAGUUCCCAAGGUUGUCAGGCCUGGAGACUACUGAAGGCAUGAGAUCCUAACGGGCCUUGGAAGGGUGUGGUGGGAUCCAGACACGGAGAAACCAAGUGUGCUCUAGAGGAUAGCACUCCGUAGACACAUCUCUGCAGCAGGGGUUUCAAGGAAGCUCUUGUAGCUCACCUGUAUGUGGGGCCAGAGUUAGGAUCUCUGUUCUGUAAGAAACAUAAAGUCCUGCUAGACCAUGUGACAAGAUUGUGGGGUAGAAAUGUAGACCAUGCUCAAGGGAAAUCCACCUGCUUCUGCUUUUACUUUUUUUUUUUUUUUAAUUUCAACACAGGGUUUCUCUUUGUAGCCUUGGCUGUCCUAGAACUCACUUUGUAGACUAAGCUGGCUUCAAACUCAGAGAUGAUCCUGCCUCUGCCUCUGCCUCCCAAGUGCUGGGAUUAAAGGCAUGCAUCACCACAACUGACUUGCUCCUGCUUUCUUUUCUUUUUUAAAGAUCUUUUAUUUAUUUAUUUUAUGGAUGAGUGCUCUAAUUGCCUGUAUGCAUUUAUGCCAGAAGAGGGCAUCAGAUUCCCCUAGAGAUGGUUGUGAGCCAUCAUGUGGUUGCUGGGAAUGGAACUCAGGACCUCUGAAAGAGCAGCCUGUGCUCUUAACCGCUGAGCCAUCUCUCCAGACCCUUGCUCCUGCUUUCUGAGUGCUACAAUUAAAACAUUCACCACCAUGCCUGGCCCAAGAGGUUAGAGUUAAACCCAGGUCUUUUAAUCUGCUUUACUUUUCACGGCUGAAGUGAGUAGGAGAAACAUCAGGGUAAAACCAACCAGCUUCCAGGUGUUCCAGAGCCUGUGAAGGAUGUUUUUAAUAUUUAUUUUUGUGUAUGUCUGUCUGGGCACAUGAGUGUGCUUUAAUGCAUGCAUGGUCAUGUAUAUAUGGGUGCCCAUGGAGACCAGAAGAGGGCAUUGAAUCCUCUGUAGCUGGACUUAUAGGCUUUUGUGAGCCACCUGAUGUGGGUACUGGAAACUAAACUUGGGUCCUCUGCAAGAGUAAUAUACACUCUUAACCACUAAGCCAUCUCUCCAGCCCCUUUUUUGCUUUUAAAAUCUAUUGUUAUUAUCAUUAUUAUUAUUGAGACAGGGUCUCAUUUAGUAUUCCAGGCUGGCCUGGAACUUACUAUAUAACCCAGGCUUCCCUGGAACUCAACAGCAAACCGCCUGCCUCAGACUUCCAAUCACUGGGAAUGCAGGUGUGGUGAACCAUCACACCCAGCUUCCAGCAUCUGAUGUAAAUAUAGUAAACAGCUAAACAUGGCAGGCUUCAGCACCCCAGUUAUCUGUUUGCCUUUAGACUCUCUAAAAUAGAGAAGUAAAAAUAAUAUAAAUUUAUAAGGGGAAAGAAGAUAGAUGUUAGUAUACCAAAGAGCCUGACAAUGUUUUGAAACAUGACAGAGAUUGGGAGCUUGUUUGUCUUAGCAGAGAAUUAAAAAUUAAAAUGACUUGUUCCUAAAGAGAGGGGAGGAUAAGCAAGGCAGAACUUCCCCAGCACUAUGAAAGGUGAGGUGAAGCUUUGGGCUAAUCUUGGCUGGGGUGUUGGCAGUUUACGUCAGGAGGUAUGAACUGCUGUUCCCGAGACCUCAUCCACCCCUGCAGCCACCCUUCUGGGAUGAGGUGGUAUCUGGGAUGUGGUGGUAGGGUGAUGAGGACGAACUGGACCAGGGAAGCUCUGGAUCUCAGGGGCAACAGCCAAGGUAGGAAUGGGGGGCUGGAUCAAAAAUAGAGCUAAGCAAGAAAAUGUUGGCUGUCGUCUACAGAUAGUCAUAUGCCGAGUCCUCAGGAGCCUACCCUCCUGACAGGCUUUGCCUGUCCUCCUAGAAGUCAUUGUUUGUCCCUCAACAUGCUCUGUUGCUUUAGAAAGACAUUAGGACCCCUUGGUGCUGUGUGGCCUUGGCAGAUCUGGUGUCCUCUUCUGUGUUCCCCCUCAGCCUGCAGAAUAUUGAAUUUUCAUGUUUUUAUUUGAGAUAUGAAAGGCUCCUUGGAACCCCCACUACAGCUUGUCUGGGAAAACAACCUGAAGUCCCGCUGUGCCCUCCCUGGUAGGAGAUGAGCGGCACACUGAUCUUAAUCAUCACCUUGCUUUGCUGUGCUACAUGUGCUUGUGUUGAUUCUAUAUGCUUUGGUUGUAUAUGAAUGAACUCCUACCAAGUUUAUUCUUCUGUGGCUCGCCUUUUCACUCAUAUGAGAUGUCCUCGAAUUACUGCAUGUCGUGGUAUGGUACUCUUCCACAUGGAGCUCUGAACUGGUCAUUUUUUCUCCUCCCACUUAGUGGGAGUCACCCACUAGGAGCCCUUACUCUUCCAUACCCAUCCGAGGACCAGCUCAUUUAUUGACCAAGAAAAUGCAUUCUACAUUGUAAUUCCACUGAACUAAUCAGUGGACCCUAACAACUGGCACAGCUUGGUGAAAACUGGCAUCUAUGUGAAAUUCAACUGUCCAGGUCAUGAACAUGGUUUAUCUCCUCACUGAAUAUUUUCUUAGUUCUUGAGACAGGGUCUCACUUUGUAGCUCUGGCUGGCCU